AUGCAUGACGGGCGGCACCCGCCAACCCGUCCCCGUCUCGCCUGUGGAGGCUCCCCCGCCUGCCUCGCGGGCGCCGGGUCGGCCUGGCUCCACGCUGGCCCCACGGGCGCUGGGCUCGCCAGCGCCAGUCUCGCCUGGCUCACUGGCCUCGUCAGCACCAGCGGCCUCGCCAGCGCCAGCUUCGCCCGACUCGCAGGCCUCCCCAGCGCCAGCCUCGCGUGGCUCGCCCGGGCCACUGGCGGGCCUCUCGCCCGGGCCGGCUACUGCUGCCACUGGUCCGGAGGUCCAGUCACCUGCUCCGGCCAGCGCCCUGAGGUUACGAUGUAUCUCUUGGUUUAUGUUGAUGAUAUCAUCCUCAUCAGUUCCUCUGCUGCUGCUGCUGAUUGCCUUGUGAUUGCUCUCCGUGAUGAUUUUGCUGUCAAGGAUUUAGGUACUCUUCAUUUUUUCCUUGGUCUUGAGGUUUCACGGCCCUCUGCUGGUUUGACUCUCACUCAGAAAAAGUACUCCUUGGACUUGUUGCGUCGUGCUGGAAUGCUCAAAUGCAAACAUGUUAACACUCCGAUGUCUGCCACUGAUCGGUUGUCUGCUCUUGAUGGUGACUCUCUCUCGUCUGAUGUUGCUGCUGAGUAUCGCAGUGUCGUUGGUGGUCUGCAAUACCUUACUAUUACCAGGCCUGAUAUCUCCUAUGCAGUCAACCGUGUCUGCCAGUUUCUGCAUGCACCCAGGACGUCUCACUGGUCGGCUGUGAAGCGUAUUUUGCGCUAUGUCAGUCUUACUGCCUCCUAUGGUUUGCUUCUUCAGUCUGCACCGUCGUAUGAGCUCUCGGCUUUCUCUGAUGCAGAUUGGGCUGGUAGUCCAGAUGAUAGGUGA